AAAAAAAAGAAUGCAUAUAAUACAGUAUAUUUUGAGAGAGCAAUUCCAGAUUCAUGAAUCUCUCUUUAAUUUUUAAAAACUAAUUCUUUGAGAAUUUCACAAGUUUUGGUCAUAUUUGGUCACCCAUUUUUCCAACUCCCCCCAGAUACACUAUCCCCUAUCCUACUAAAUUUGUGUCCUAAUUAAAUCUUUUACGCUUUGUUAUAAUUGUUCUAUUUUGGCACUAGUUACUAUAAAUCUAUUAUGUGUCUAACUUAUGAGUGAAACUGUCCUAGAUACACAUGCUGGGGGGGGCAUCUACUCAAAAUUUGGUGCUAUCUGUGGCUUUAGGCAUCCAUUGGGGGAGAAGUUUUAAAACAUAUACUUUAUAAGUAAGAUGUUAUAUUCAUAACUAUGACAUUAACAAUAGAAAUCCAUUAAAGAGCUUUAAGCAAAGAAAUGACAGUGUCCCACAACAUAGGUAACAUAAUAGAGUUAGUGGGAGAGAAACAAGGCAGGGGUCCAUAGGUCUAGUACUAAAGUCCCUCCAGCAAGGUGGACAGAGAAAGUGGCAGAUAUUAAGAGGCCUCCUGAAGACAGAAGUUGCAGGCCUGAGAGACAUUUUGGAAAGCAAAUCAAAUCUCCAGAUGUAGCUAGUAGGUGGAGUCUGGGGUUGAAGGAGGGACAAAUUCAAGGUAUGAAUUUCUAGGAUUUGCUAUGUGCUGUGUGACUGGUUGGAUAUUGUUAAGGGGAAACAUUUCCAAUCGCCUGUCUCCACUAGCACUUACGGCUUCUUUAUUUAUGUUUCUGCAUUUCAUUGUAUCUGGGUUCUUUCCAAGUUCUAUGAGUAUCUUCAGAACAUACCCCAAAACUAUAUUCCACUCACUGUCUCUAAUUCAGACCUGGUCUCCUUCCUUCCACAAUGAUACACGUGCCUCCUGUCCCAGCCACCACAGCUUGUCUUCUCUGUGACUUAUCCAUCAUGGCCAGAUAAUUUCAAGUGUGUAAAUAUGUACUAAAUGCCUUAUUUGGACAGAUCACUUUGUUGUCCAGAGUUGACAAUUAAACAAGAAGUUAAGUAUAUCUCAGGAGGCUCAUGGUGACCCAGUUUCCCAGUUAUAAUUUGAGGAAAAGAAAAGAAGGAUAUUUUGCUUAGGGAAAUAAAAUGCAACUUGUUUUUUAUUUCUUAUAUUACAAUAGACUAUACACCGCCAAGAGCUAUUUAUCAAAACGAUGUCUAACCAUAAAGAUGUCCAAAUUAGGAAAAAAAAAAGGUAGACAUAUUUUUAAGUUAUCUUACGAUUGGUGAAUUUGAAGAUUUUCCUUAUCAGCUUUGCUAUCCUGGUAAAACACCUGAGACAAACAAAAAGAGGGAAGAUUCAUACUGACUCAUGGAUCCAGAGGUUGUUUCAGUCCAUGCUCAGCCAGCUGCAUUACAAGGCAGGAAGCAAGUGGUGAAGGAUAGCUGCCCACUUCUCAGAGGCCAGGAAAAAAAAAAGAGGUGGAGGGAAGGAAGGAGAGAGACAGUGUAUAGAGAUAUAGAGACAGAAACAGCAUUGACUCUUGUGGUGUGGGCAUCCAUUAUCUUCAUCAAGGGAUGGUUCUACAGACUUCAUUUCUUUUCACCAGACUCCUCCUCUUAAAGAUUCCACAAGAUCACAAAAGUGCUAUCCUCUAUCUGGCCAGCAAGCUUCAACAGUUGCUAAGCUACUAAAUAUGCAAGGAGCGAUGCCAAAAAAGAAAAAAAAGUCACCAUUUUCAAACAUUGCAAUAAUUGUUUCAGACAAAAAGUCAUCUUUAGUUGCUUAAAUUACCUGCAGCAGAAUGUGUGCACACUCUUAAAACAACUGUUUACAAAAUACUUUUUAAUUGCAGAAAGAAAGAAAGAAAGAAAGAAGAAAGAAAGAAAGAAAGAAAGAAAGAAAGAAAGAAAGAAAGAAAGAAAGAAAGAAAGAAAGGAAAAGGAAAAGGUCUCCUUACAGGGAACAAAAAGACAGGCACAGCUUAAAUCAUCAAAGUUCAUUUCUCCGAUAAUCAGACAAACCAAUGCCAUGUUUUUGGAUGCACCAAGGGGACGACAUCACUACAUGAAGUGAUUGAGAAGAAAGAGUGGGCACCUUGCCUUUGCAGACAGGACAGCAUGGAGCAGCCAUUUACUGUGAAUUCACUGAAAAAGUUAGCUGCCAUGCCUGACCACACAGAUGUUUCUCUAAGCCCAGAAGAACGGGUCCGUGCCCUAAGCAAGCUUGGUUGUAAUAUCUCCAUUAAUGAAGACAUCACCCCACGCCGCUACUUCAGGUCCGGAGUGGAAAUGGAGAGGAUGGCAUCUGUGUAUUUGGAAGAAGGAAACCUGGAAAAUGCCUUUGUUCUUUAUAACAAGUUUAUAACAUUGUUUGUAGAAAAACUUCCCAGCCAUCGAGAUUACCAACAGUGUGAAGUACCGGAGAAGCAGGACAUCAUGAAGAAACUGAAGGAGAUUGCAUUCCCAAGGACAGAUGAAUUGAAAAAGGACCUAUUAAAGAAAUAUAACAUAGAAUACCAAGAGUAUUUGCAAAGCAAAAACAAAUAUAAAGCUGAAAUUCUCAAAAAGUUGGAACAUCAGAGACUGAUAGAGGCAGAACGCAAGCGGAUCGCUCAGAUGCGCCAACAGCAACUAGAAUCCGAACAGUUCCUGUUUUUCGAAGAUCAACUCAAGAAGCAGGAGCUGGCCCGGGGCCAGAUUCGAGGUCAGGACUCCAGGGUGCUGUCCGAGCAGACUGACGGAAGUGGGCUGUCCUGCUUUUCCACCCGCCAGAACAACUCUCUGCAGAACGUAUUUGCGGAUCAGCCUCUAAAGAGCGAUGGAAGGGAUUUCGCCGACCACUCUCCUCCAGUGAACAGGGCCCUAAAGCCAGCAGCCACUCUGAGUGCUGUUCAGAAUUUAGUGGUUGAAGGACUGAGGUGUGUAGCUUUAUCAAGAGACCUUUGCCAUAAGUUUCUGCUGCUGGCUGAAUCUAACACAGUAAGAGGAAUAGAAACCUGUGGGAUCCUCUGCGGAAAACUGACACAUAAUGAAUUCACUAUCACCCACGUAGUCGUACCAAAGCAGUCUGCAGGCCCAGACUAUUGUGACGUGGAGAACGUUGAAGAGUUAUUCAGUGUUCAAGAUCAACAUGGUCUCCUCACGCUGGGCUGGAUUCAUACACACCCCACACAAACUGCGUUCCUAUCCAGUGUGGAUCUUCACACUCACUGUUCCUACCAGCUGAUGUUGCCAGAGGCUAUUGCCAUCGUGUGUUCCCCAAAGCAUAAAGACACUGGCAUUUUCAGGCUCACCAAUGCUGGCAUGCUUGAGGUUUCUACUUGUAAGAAGAAGGGCUUUCAUCCUCACACCAAGGACCCCAGGCUGUUCAGUAUAUGCAGCCAUGUAUUAGUAAAAGACAUGAAAACGACUGUGCUGGAUCUGAGGUGACAUGCUCCAGAUACAAGCCCACCCGCACCAGAUACCUGCCAUGGAUAUGUGUCGCUGCCGAAUUUCUUAUGAUGUUUCCAGAAGUGACUGAUAUUUUAUAUUUAUAUAUUUUAGACCAAAACUUUGAUAUUUAUUGUUCUUGCACAUUUUGAAGUUUCCUUUUUUUGGGUUGCUGUGUCUCAAAAGAGGCCCCAUGAUGUUCAGUCUACGUCUAUUAAUGUACCCAAAGGAGAUCAUCAGAAAUAAAUUGUGCUGCAAGUAACAA